AUGGUGAAGGCAGCACUAGCAGCAGUAGAGAUGUUUUCCCACACCUCUAGUAUUACUAUGGCAAAAAGAAAAUGUAAGGAUGUCUUGCAAGAGAAUUGCUCCAAGUUAGGCAGCCAUUCAUUAACAGAUUACUUAUCAAAGAGCACCAAUGUGGAAAUCACCAUUGACACUCUGACCUGUAAUGACAAAGAAGAGCCAUUACAUGAUGGAAAGACAAACACAAAAAUGAAGUAUAUCAGCAUUGCUUUGUAUGACAUCCCAGCUGCAGAUGGGGCCAAAUCUUUAGGGUCCAUGAUGUUUGGAGAGACCUUUUUAGACUCCAGGAUCUCUGUUGCAGGUUCCCAAGAUGUCACCUCAGAUUACUUGAUACUGACUUCUACCAUUCCAAGACAACACAUGUGGAGUCCUCAGGGAGAAGUAUUCAUGAUGGAAACCUGGACUGCAUUGCUGUCAGCUGAAAAAGUAAAGCUGACUGUUUAUAAACAUGGACUUGCAGUAGAAAGUUCUGAUUAUGGCAGCUUUGCUCUCCAUGGCUCGGACAUAAGCAGUCUUUUACUCUAUGAUGCGAAUUCCAUGACAGACGUGGUCAUUCUGAUAGUGGAAAUCAAACUGACUGCUGCUUUGACUGACUCCCUUCCCCCUCAUCUUUACAUACCAUGUGAUGACAGCAAAACCAGCAGGAUUGUGUUUGCUUUUUGUCCACACAGCAAGCCGCACUCCCAGCUUUACGGAAAUGUGUUGCCAGUUUGGAAGAGGGGCUCCCAGUUUCCUAGUGUGGAAAGGCUGGAUGUGUUGAGCUCAGAUCUUCAGCAUUUACACACAUACCUCCAGAGCAAGCAGAAUGUACCAGGGGCAGGUACAAGUCUGACUACAGGCCUACAGAGAAUUGGAUCAGAAAUAUCAGGAUUAUUUAGUUUCCUGAAGCACCUUGAGAAAAGCUGUGGAAUGCAAAGUCCAGUAACUUGUGAAAUCUUCCAUUCUUUGACUGAAGCACCAGUUACCCGGGAGGAUCAUGGUGAUGAAACAAUUAUUAUUACCAUUGUUGCUGGCUUGCCAGGAAGUGGGAAGGAGACUUUGGCAUCGUUACUGACUUCACUGAAUACAGACUUCACAAACUGGCUAGUAUAUGAACAACUAGAGCAAUGUCAGGUAGUCACAGCCUCCCUCCAUCAGACAAUGUUUGCUGCUGCCCAGUCACAAAAACAAUGGCUGCUCACUAAAUCCACACGGCUGGUUAUUGUAGCUCCUGGUCUGUGUGACACUGCUGAUGUGGUCAGAGCUAUCAGCCAUCACCCGAAUCACAAGCUGAGGUCCCAGUUUGUUGUUGGAUCUGUGACUGUGUGCAUUGAUCCAGAGAACACAUUUAUGGAACACAAGAUGACUUUUCCAGUGCUGGCAGGCAACUGUGCCCAAGGCUGGGUUAACAAUAUUUUGUUCACUUCAAAGACUGAUGCAUCGAGUGAUUUGCUGGAAACUAUUCAAGCUUUAAUCCGGAGCAUUAAUCCUGAGGUGGAUUUUUUGAAGAUGUCAAAUGACACAGUGACUAGGGAAAGUGACAUUGAGCUGAUUAUGUCUGAGACGGCUUUUAAUGAGCCAGAGCUGGAGACAGUCAGGGUGUUACUGAAGCCACACUGGCAUGAAGGUUAUCCACAUGCUUGGCCCUGUAAUCCUCCAAUGAAUGAUGUAGUGCUUCGCUUUACUCACCCCUUAGAAAAGCACUUGACCAUCAAGAUGCUGCGAGGAAUCAAGAGUUCCUUAAAGCAUCACCCAUUUGAUGGAAACAUUUACUUUGUUGGUGGAAAUCUAAUAUUCAUUGGCUCGCCAAAGUAUGUAGACAUACAGUUCACUACUGUGAGUGGACAACUCAUCAUGAAUAAUGUCACCUCAAAUCCACCAUCAGAAGGCAUACACUGUGUCAUCUGUUUUACUGGAAUUGGCUUGCAGGAACUUGAGCUAAAGCAGUUGCUUAGCUCUUGCAUCAAGCAGAGACCUAAUAAAAAGUCAUUCUUGACAAAACAGGACUUAACAAAUGAAGAAGUUGACCAAAUUCAUAAACUACACCAUCUUGAUGAGCUGCCAGAAGGCUGGUACUACAGUGGGUCACGGUUUGUCAGUAUGGAUGGCCAGCGGUCACAGAAACAUCCAAAUCUGGAGAAAUUUAUUCAGGACUACCUCAGUGAAAAAAAUGCUGAAAUAGAAAGGUACAAUGCGAAGCUGGAGUCAGAAAAUUAUGUCAAGCUGUGGGAGAAGUGA